UUAGAGAAAAUAAAUAAAUAAAAUUAAAGAAGAAGGAUAGAGGUGGAGAAAUAUGGAGGUUCUGAAGAACGGACACGAGGAAUUCGUCACCGUUGUUAGCGUGGGCAACGCGGAUGCCACGGAAUUGGACAAUUUCGUGACUGUCUUGUCCAUUGGAAACGGGACGGAGAAGAUCGACGGGGUGAAAAAACGGUCCGAAAAUGAGAACAGCAUUCAAGUCGAGGAUGAUCGCGAGCAAAGGAACGACGCCAUUGGACCCGACGCUCACCCCGAGGAGGAGGUCGACGUCUUUAGACUCCCGGGGGAACGGCUCGGGUUCGGAUUGAAAUUCGAGGGCGGUAACAAGACCUCGGAGAAGGUCAGGAAGCUUUUCGUUCAGAGUUGCGCUUCCGAGAGUCCCGCAAGCCGUGCGGUAUGCUCCUGGGGAACUCUUGGCGAAGGAGACGAGGUGCUGAGCAUCGACGGAGUACCUGUGAUCGAAAUGACGCGUUUGGACUGCGUCCGAAGGUUGAAGGAGUCUCAGCUGGUGAUAAAACUCCUGGUGCGUUACAGGGGCGCUUUGAGGCCCGAGGUUGUUAGCGCGGAGCGUAAAUCAUCCCCGGAGAAGACGAGGGUCGGGAAGAUUCCACCGGAACUUCCCGCCGCGCCACCUCCGGUUCCGCCCAGGAAGUUGAGGCAGCCUCGAGGACCCGCCGACGGAGACGCUAAUCCGAGUCCCGUGCGGAAGCCCAUCACCACCUGGGAGAGUCCGAAAUCUGUCGCAUCUUCGUCAUCCUCGACGUCGAAUUCUGCGGAGGAUCAAUCUCCCCUCAGGAGUCAAGGAGGAUCGUCUUCCAGCAAGUCGACUUCAUUCGAAAGCUGCAAUUCCGCCGGCUCGUCUAAGUCGAACUCGAAGAAUUCAAGCCCCAAUAAAAAUUCUGCAACAACGAACAACGUUAAAACUCAAUCUCCAGAUAUGAACAAGUCUAGACUUCAGGAACCUGCCGAAGCUUUGGCUUACCUGGACGCGUGUUCCAACGACGGUUGCAGCAGUACUCAAGGCAGUACGUCGGACGACACGGGAAGUUCGAUGUCGACGGUUAUCGAUCGGUUCUCAUCCUCGGAUCGUUUCUCGAUAAAGUCGACAACCUCGACGGCAUCAACGGCCUCAACGGCCUCGGAACACCUUCAAACCACCCUCCAGUUUGUCGACAAGGGAAUCAUCAUGCCCGCGAAUCAACCGCAGAACAUGACCGAGACUCCGAUGGAGAUAUCAGCAGCUGAGAAGGUCGACCUGGUCCGUCUCCUCGCGCCCUUUGACCACCUGGAAAGGGAGUUCGGCUCGAAUCCUUCAAGCAGCGAAUACCUCCUGGCUCGGCUGGCCAAUUCGGAAGCUGCCACCUUCGUCGAGUCCCUCGGGGAUACGGGCCACGGUGUAGUCGAGAGGGUGACGGCCGUCAUAGCGCCUAACACCGUCCUCAUCGAGGAGACGAUCACCCUCCAGCCGCCCCUCAGCUUCCAGGAUGCGCCGCUCAGCUACGGGCACGAGACGCGACCAGGACUCGUUUACUGCACGGAUCUCGCAGCCGAUUCGACGACCCACUUCAGGCCCAUCAAGGACGACGCCCUUGUCGUCGACUGCGUCAACGGCAAUGUCGACCAGGUCCAACGGGACGAUCAGGGUCCGCCUCUUCCCGCCCGGAACAACCACGUCAACCGGGUCAGCGUGAAUCGGGACACGUCCGAGGAACCUGCUCCUGCUCUUCCCCCGAAACCCAUGCCCAGAAGGGAUGUUAAGGCGAAGAGAAAACGACCGCCUCCUCCGCCCCCGCCGCCGAGACGCGAUCUUCAUCCGCCUCCGGAGAACAAGAAGGAAUUUGAAGAGAACUCGGGGGCUCCUGAGUCGGGGGAUGUUGGGGAGAAGGAGGAAACGUCGAGUCCAGGACUCGGCGAGAGGGAGGCACGGGAUGUGAGGAUGAAGAACGAGAGGAAUCUCGAGAUUUCCGGUACCAAUAAGAUCAUGGAAAUUAUUGAGAUGAAGAAGGCCAAGGCUAUGGCCGACGGGAUCAAGGUGAAGAAUUUCGAAUCGGAACCCGGCGAGGAGAGGGAUGUGGAAGUGAUUCUGGCCGAGGAGGACGACAAGGGCGACGAGGAGCCCGAGACCCUUGUUGACGGGCACGAGGAGCACGAAAAGAUCACUUACUGGUCCCUAGACGAGGUCGGCAAAGAGCUGAAGAACUCUGAAGUCGCUGAUGAAAUCCUCGGGGAGGCCGAGGUCGUCUGCAACGAUGACGAGGAUUCGACCGACGAUAGUGACGGAGACAGUUACUACUGGCAGAGUAAUUUGGCGACGAUUGGUGAAGAGGAGGAAACUAAUUCGUUGGAAUUCACUAACGCCAACCGGAACCUCGAGUGCAACGAAGAGGAUUCGACUCAUCUGCGAAAAGGCGAGAAUCAAAGUUCAAAAAAGGUGAAUUGCGUCCUACAGGAUCAGCAGCCGAAGACCGAUUCCGCGGCGAAAGAUGAAGACGAAGUUGACUGUCUGAGGCGAGACGCGAUCAGUCCUAAUACGGAGGAGGUGCAGGAGAAGCAGUCUUCGAAAUCGGGUAAAAGCCCGGUAAAUGGUAGAAUGGAGAGCUGCGGAGGCGGGCAACGCCUACCACCCGACGGGGAUGAGUUCCCUGCCACCUACCAAGAGUUCAGCUCUGCUCAGCAGCAGCACCAGCAUCAGCAGCAGUACCAGUUCGUAGCCGGGUCGAGGGUGUCGUCGACCCUGGUUUCGUCAAACGGUGAGCAACUCCUCACUGGGACUGGGGACAUCGAGGUAUUCUCCAACAGCGAAACCUUCAAGCUGCCCACUUCCAACGACAAGAAGAAAACCGUCUCAUCGUCCAGCGCCUCCUCCUCAUCUAACGACAUCAACUGCGAGGAGAAGACGAUCCUUCUUCAGGAUAGUCGCGUUUUCAGCCUCAGAAGCAGCGUGCAGAGCUCGCAUUCACCCGCGGUGAUCUUCACUUCCUCGUCGGAAGUCCCGGCUAUUCCUCAGGAUAGUAAGAUAACGAGGAAAAUCACCGCUCAGACUUCCAUGGACGAUUCUUACUCUUUCUUAAACGGUUCUAAUACCGAGAAAAAUAUCAUUUCGGAAAAAAUCAUCACGAUCAAAGCUUCCAAGGGUGCUACGGAAGCGAAGACUGUUCAGGUACCGGAAUUUAUCACGGAAACCGGACCGCCUCCGUUGCCAACUUCCAGACCACCGAAGGUCGACGGUUUCCCGACGUCGUCACCUUUGGUUGGAAAAGAUCUUUCACGCGGAAGUCAGCAACAGCAGCCAUCUUCUUCGCGCAAGUUUUCUUUGAACGGUGACCUCUGGCGCCAGGACGACAAAUCGGAGAAAUCUGUCAGGGACAAGAUCGCCAUGUUUUCGUCCCAGAGUAGUCUGGAGGCUCCGCUUUUCCCGAACAUCGCCGUUUCAACGACCACCCCGACGACGACGUCGACCAUCCGUCCCAGCUCGAGACGGCUUUCGAAGUAUAAAUCGUCCGAAGACGUCUUCGCCGAUGAUGCGAGGAGCUCGCCGAGGGAGAACAACAACGCGUUCUCCGAACGGACUCGGAGUUCUUUCGACCUCUCGAUACCCUCGCCGAACGAAAAGUACGACGCGGUUCCUCCCAGCCUUCCUCUCACCUCGCCACCCGGUUCACCGGGGGUCAAAACCGCCCCCGGCUUCGCAGUAGUCGCGAAGAAGAUCCCGGAAGACACGCCGCCGGGACCGAAUCCGAAAUCGAACCAUUCCUUGCGCCACUCAUCCUCCUUGGAAUUGAAGUCCGUUUUGUCCUCCGGCGCUCCGGAAUCGCCGAGCGUUUUCCAGGGCCCGAAAUCGUCCGAAGGACUCGCUGCCUCCCCGGUUACGUCCUCAUCCACGACCUUGACCAGGGCUACAAGCUUCUCCGGUGGCUCGGCCAACCUCCAUUCCCGAUCCCAAUCUCUCAGCGAAUUACCUCCUAGCCCGCAAAUAUCCAGGACCAACUCUCUGGCCUCCACGUUCAAGAGACCAACCGAUGAGAUGAGGAGGACCAGCUUAAACCAGCUUAUUGAACAGCGCAGAAAAGGAAUUCGGAAACUGAGGGGCCUCGUUAUUCCGGAGAAGGAAGCGCUCCCUGUUUCUCAACCGAUCGUUCAAGACUUGCCGGAAAUCAAGUCCAGGGACUCGAUCAUUCUGCAACAGCUGCCCAGAUCAAACCUGCAUGACAAAUGGGGAUCCCAGAGUUCAAUAUCGAGCAGCAUAAGCACAGUUAGUGUCUCUGGAAAGAUGUCGUCGUUCAAAAUGCCGGAGCCACAAAACCUGCCGAAGUACUCGCCCGCGUUCAAGCGGAAGAGUCUGGCGGUUUACGGAACCUCGGGGACCCUGACUGCGGGGAAAAACUCCUCGUCUACAACAUCGGCUUUAGCCACGGAGGCCCCGAAGAGUCUGGAGUCGAUUUGCAGCCCAACGAGGAGCGACUUCAGCUUCGAAUACUCGUCGUCUGAUCGGUCGCCGCGGUCCAGAGCCAAUCUUCGGAAGGCCAGAACGGACUACGACGACUCCGACAACGACUCAGCGGUGAGCAGCUCCCAGAGCAGCAUCUCCAGGGGCUUCAGUCCCCCUGUGUCUCCGGUCCCGUCCGAGAGAUCGACCUUAUCCUCCGAGCGAUCCUACCUCUCCAAUGAGACGACGACGACGUCGACAAACUAUCUCCACGUCCGGUCCGAGCAACGGGCAGCCACCCUCGAGCGUUCCCAGUUCCUGACAAGGCCUUCCUCCUACAGCCAAGGAUCACACUCGGAACGCUCGUCCUCCAGCAGCAGCAGUCCUGACCCACGGUCUCCGCAGCAGUCCGGGAUGUACUCGAGAAACGGGCUGCAGCAUCUUGCUCUGAAACGGUCCAGCAGCACCGACACCAAUUGCAGCAGCUCGUCGACUCUUACCUCGGGUUCUCAGGCCUCGGCCGAGUCUUUGUCGCGUCGAGUCCUCAAGCCGCAGAGCGUCGAGGCGAUAAAUAGGAAGAACAUUUUGGCUAGUGCGAGGUGCAGAAGUGGCGGUGAUCUGAACGGCUCGCCGCAGCUUAUACAGCGCAAGUUUUCCGACGACGAGGAUGCGGCCACUUCGGUAGCCUCGAAGUCGACCCCCCAGGAAAACCGAGGCUGUGUCGUCACCGGGGAUGUUAAAAUUGCCUACAUAGAGGUGACCGCCGAGGAGGACUCGCAGUUGACCGGAGGUUCCGAGCUUCCGGAGCCGUCGAACGAGAUGAGGAAGUGGAUCAGGUCGGAGGUUAAGACUGUGGUGAACUCCCGGGUGCAGGAGAAGAAGGUCGACGACAACGAUCAGUCGAUGACCGUGGAGAAGAAGAGGGCGGAGAUCGAGGUGCAGGUCAGAACACCGCGGCGAAGGUCAUCCCUAGCUAUUGCCGAGGAGAAGGCUCAGGUCAUCCCGGUAAUCGAAUCGGACCUCGAAAGCUCGAAACCGCGUUCGAGGUCGAGUAUGGUGAUCGAAAAGAGCGGUCCUGACUCGCAGAGCGAUCUACUAACCGUUCUUUCAACUCGGGGUAGAUCUCGCACGGCGAUCCAUAUCGAGGAUCGCUCCUUCGGUAGAUCGCGGAGUCAAAUGAGCCUGGAGGAGAUCCUCGACGGAAAGGUGGAGGACGCUGCAACGACGUCGGGAACACCGAGUAGGUCCUGGAGCAAGGAGAAGGGCUUCGCCUCGAAGAUACCGACCAAGGUCGUUGAACGGGUUGCGGAGGACGAAUUGCCGAAGGUAGCCUCAAGGAUUCCGACCCCUCGAAGCAUGGGGCGAAGGAGCGCCAGCGUCACGGACAUGAAGAAGGCUCUGGAGAAGUCCGAGGCUCAGCUGGGGACCGUCGGCGCUUCUUCUCAGGGAUUGAACCAGCAGCCACCGAUCCAUGGCAGCAAUUUCCACGGGCGUUUUUCGAGCCUGGACAGCAGCACCGGUGACAUUGAUACCGAGAGGUAUUCAGCCGCGAGCGAACAGUUCGGAAGCAUAAGCUCACUGGCCAGCAGCACGAGUCUUAUUUCCCAGCAGGAACUCGCUCAGCUUGUCGAAGAGGCGACUCUCGAGGAGGCCCGUGGCUCACACGACGUUAUCGUGGUUCUUUAUCACAAGGAGAACCCAGCUGGUAGCGUCGGGAUCGCCCUGGCUGGCGGCGUCGACUGCGAGACGAAGGAGAUCACGGUGCAUCGCGUUCUCGCUCACUCGAUCGCUGAUAAGGAUGGACGGCUGCAACGGGGCGACAGGAUACUCAGCAUCAACGGACGCAGCACCAAGGGUCUCACUCACCGCGAAAGUCUCGCUGUUCUGAAACAACCACGGUCAGAAGUUGUCCUCGUCGUUUCCAGGGCCAGAGAAGACUUCGGGGGUAGAUUGAAGUCCAGGACAGAGAGCGUCGAGACCAUCGUCGAAGGGUCAGAACUGAACGGUUCUUCGGACGAGCAGACUGCUUGGGGUCCACCGGCGACUGUUGCCAUCUUCAAGGAUGGGGCUGGUCUAGGUUUCAGUUUAGAAGGUGGCAGAGACAGUCCUCUGGGUGACAAGCCGUUGAUAGUGAAGAAGAUAUUCGCCGGUGGAGCUGCUGAAAAAACCGGCGCCCUUAGGGCAGGCGAUCAAAUGCUCGAGGUGAACGGACACGACGUUACAAGAAUGUCGAGGAUAGAAGCAUGGUCACUAAUGAAGAAGCUACACGACGGCGAAGUCAGCCUCCUAGUCAGGCAUCCUGCCACCAAAUCUUCAUCGUAGAUAUUAAAGGUCGGGGAGAUGAGAAGAAGAAGAAAAAAAAAAAAAAAAUAGGGAAUAACAGAUAUCCUAGGGUAGAAAUAUUUACGAAUCUCGACGAAAGGGGUUUGUGUUUGCAUCUUUUCUUUUCUUUUCUUAUUCCUCCUCUUUCUAAUUCGCUCUCCAAGCGAUGUAAAUAUAAAUGUGAUUUGUCGAUGGAUGUACAGUUCAUUCUGAGUCUUUACCAACCGUAGAGUUUUGAACAUUGAUCUAACGGGUAUUUUUUUUUCUCUCAUUUUGCGUAAACAAAUUAUAAUUCAAAUCUCUAUUUCUACGGUGUGGCAGGAUUUUCCUCCAGUCGUGAUGUUAUUUUUCUAACUCGUGUAAUCGUCAUUCUACUAUUCAAUAUUACAACGAAUUUAAUAAUACACCUAUAAUAAUAAUAAUAAUAACAACAACAGUAA